UACCAAAGAAGAAGAAGCCCGUCGAAAUGGACGUCUUUGACAGUGUUGCCACAAUUUAUCUCGACUUCGUGAUUUUGCUGUAAUUUUGCGAAUCAGAGACUUCAGGAGUUCACUGGUCUAUCUAAUGCAAUAGCCAACCAAGGAGCAACCAGGAUAACUGAAGGAAUCUGGAUAUGAUCUGCAGUUGCAGAUGAACUUAUUGACCAAGUUCUCCUGGAAGCCUUUGACAACAUGGAGGAAAGUUGGGACAGCAUAGAGGAAGCAGGAGACUACAAAACAGAUGCAGCUAGACAUUUACCAAGCUGUUCAUGUCAGCAAAUCACUGAACACAAGGGAACAGAAGUGGGAGAAGAGAUCCUGACUGACAAGACAUAUAAGAGCAUGACAGCAUUUAAGGUGAAGAAUGAUGAAGGCUCUGCUCCUUUUUCGGACAUCCACAGUCAUUCAAAGAUCAUGGCUCAAGAUCUUCAACGAAAGGCGGCAGAAAGGAGGGCAACAGAGGUCACCCACGAUAAGUGUCCUUCUUUCUCAGAAAGAUCAUGCCCUGUGGGCCUAACAAAUGUUCAGGAAAUAUGUAUUUUGUCUUCUGGAGUUGAUGUAAAAAAGAUCAGAGGGAGAGAUUCUGCUGCAGUGGAGGUUGGCACUAUAGUUUCUUCCCCCCCCUUUUCAAGCAGUCUGUCAAAAAACAUAAAGGGAAAUGUCACACUUUCACCCACAGAGCCCUUGAGUCACAGCAAUCUUCUAUCAGCCUCUUCUCUAAGUGACCACGCACAAUAUUCAAGAGAGGUAGUGGAUGAGAAGACCUAUGCUGAUGUUUCCCAUCAAACGUUACCAUUUGCAGAUGCCAAGAAAGGAAAAGAGAAAAUGUCCUUUAAUACCCUUUUGCCUGUGAUGGAAAAGCAACAAAAGCGAAAAGCUGGUCGGCCAUAUAAGAAGAAAACUCUAGUGAAAAUGGCUAAACUUUUAGCAAUUGGCCAAGAACGGUAUUCCGAUGCCACAGAAAUACACGGGGUGACUCACCAUAAGGAUACUCUAACACCCUCACGCAAACAAACAAAAGAGAAGAAAAAGGAUGAAAUGUUUCCCCCAACUACCUCAAAUGACACAUGGUUUGGAUGCAAUUCAACAUCUGAUUCUUCAAACCACCUUACUAUUGCACAUUCAGAUGACAUCAUUUCUGCAUCUCAAAUAGCUGGGCCAAGUAUUUCUAUGGAAUUGAACCAACCCUCCAGGAUACAGAAAACUUCAAAGACCACACAAAAAGAAGAAUUCAAAAUAACAGAAGUGUCAGCGCUGAAAUUGACCACUGUCACAAAGGGUCAAUAUUCUCCUAUAGAACAAGCUCUGACACACAACACCUUGGUGCCAUCUGAGAAUGCAUUGAAGGUACAAAAGAGAACUGGAAGAAAUAAAACUAUGAUAUCCAAAGGAGGAAAUAGAAGAACUAUGGCAUUCAAAAGAAACAGAAUGAAUCCGAGCAGCCUCUUCACCCCCCAGUCACAGAGUAGCAAUGCUACACCCCAAGAAAAAAAUAAUUUGGGACUCUCUCAAGAUGAGACUCCACUGCAGUCAUCAGAUAUAAAAAUGGAGCCCAAAUACUUGUCAGACACUUCUGUCUUGGAUGUAACAAACGAUGUGAAGGAACACCAAAAAAGAGAACCUCCCUCCAAAAACUUUACAGAAGGGAAUAUUAAAAGUCCUGGUAUAAUGUCAAAAUGCUUUGACUUGUCUAUCACUCAAAAAGAUCAGGGGGCACGAAGUGACAUGAAGAGGGAAAUCAAAGAUAAUGUAACUGCUAACAUAUCAGCUGUAGGAAACCAGGGGGAAAUGACUCCAAGAACUCAAGAGCUCUCAAGACUAAAGAGUAUUGAGGAUGUGCUCAAAUUGAAGCGGAAAGCUGGUCGACCAUUCAAGAAAAAUAGGUUGUUUAAAAUGGAUAAGCUGGUAGCGAUAGCACAGGAAGGCAGAACUAAUGAUCCAGAGAAUAGUGGCAUGACUAAAGAGUGUGUUCCAAAAUUCCCCGCAUAUCACCCCCUAAAGUCAAAAGUAAAGAAGGAAAAGACUGACACAAAAACCUUGGCAUCAAAUUCACCUACAAGCCCCUCAAGAAGAUCCAACAGAACAUGUAAAACUACCCCAAAAACUGUUCAAAAGAUGCAAGUCCUCACACACACGCUCGCCCAAUCAGUUUUAUCAGUUCCAUCCAAUCUCAUUGAACUCAAAUCAGAGGACACAACUCUUAUCUCCUCAACGGUCUCUCCAAUUCUUUUAUGUAGUGCAGAGAUUUUCCCUCAACAGGAAAGCCACAGAUGCGGAAAACCCCCGAAGAAAAACACAAAAGUUAACAAACACAUGACCACUGCAGUCCCACAUCCUCCAAUAUUUGCAGUAGUUUCCAAGGCCCUUGCUGAGAUUGUCUCUACAGGGAAUGGUAAAGAAGCAAAGAAAGACAUUGGAUCCAAAAGAAAAUACAAACGGGUGCCUGGAACUCGUGGUGUAUCAGAAUUGCUGUGUACAAAUGGAAUUCCUCAGGGAGAUAUACAUACCCAAACUAAUAGGGAUGAGGUGUAUUCCAAGACUUCAGCCCCAACUGUGCCACAAUCCCAGAACACACGGAAGCGUGAGGUUAAAAAUAAAAAAGGUACAGAAAAGGCAGCUGUCCCAUUAUCUGAUGAAACUGUUCUUCCUGUUUCAGAUUGCCAGGUGCAAAGUCACAGUGCAUCUCAGGAAACGCCUUUACUGCCAUCAAAGAUUAAGACACAAUCUGACACAUUAUACCUGACACCUAGAACGGUUAGGAAGAAAAAUCCAAAGACGUGUAAGGAAAUUAAAAAAACUUCACCGAAAGUUGAGAGAGCACAGGUGCCAUCUCUGGAUCCUUCCCUUGGAGUGGAACAUAGAUGUCAUGAUGUGCCACAUGUGGAUCAAAUGAGACAAGUGGAAGCAGUGAUAGAGUCAGUAAUUGAGGAUCUCCACAAACCACUGAAACAUGUGAGUCAUAGAAAAACGUUCAAAGAAAAGGCUAGCAAUGUUCUUGCAUUAACUCUGAAUCCUUCACUUGGAGUGGAACACAGAACUCCUGAUGUGCCACAAGUGGAUCAUAUAAGACAAAUGGAAGCAGUGAUAGAGUCCGUGAUGGAGGAUCUCCACAAAAAAGACGCCAGUAAUGUUGCUCCAUUAAAACCAACCACCUUUUCUGACUCGGAUAACCUGUUGGAACAGCAUGACCAUAGUACAUUACCUCUUAGUACAUUACCUCUCAUUACCUCUACCUCUUUUAUGUCAUGUGGAGAGACAAAAUCAGGCUUGAAACAUGCAAUACCCAAAACGUCAACAAAAAAUAAGUCAAAAACAUUAAUGAAAGACAAACUUACCUGCAAAAGCUAUUCAAAAAAUCCUAAGAAAGCAGCUAUGCAAACUUCAGUUCCUACAUCUGACACAAUGCAUGUGUCAACAGUUAAGAAGAAUUCCAAUAUUUGUAAAGAAAGAAAAGGAUCUUCACAAAAAGCUGAAAAAGCACAGGAUCCUUCCCUUGGAGUGGAACAUAAAAGUCCUGAAAUGGAUCAAUGGAGAGAAGAGGAAGCAUUGAUUGACUCAGUGAAUGAGAAUCUCCACAAACUGCUUAAACAUAAGGAUCAACAAAAAAAGUUACAAGAAGAGGCCAGCAAUGUUUCUACAUCAACUGUGGAUCCAUCUCUUGUAGUGGAACAUGGAUGUCCUGAUCGAAUAAGACAAGUGGAAGCAGUGAUAGACUCCCUGAUUGAGGAUCUCCACAAACCACUCAAACCUAAUGGACAUCAAAAAAAGUUUAAAGAAGAGACCAGUAAUAUUUCUGCAUUGGAACAAACAGCAUUUCUCGCCUCGGAUAACCUGUUGGAACAGCAUAACCAUUGUACGUUACCUCAAUAUUAUUUGCUGACAAAAUCAGGCUUGAAACAUGCCAAACACAAAAUGUCAACAAAAAUGAAGUCAAAAGCAUGCAGUAAAGGGAAACUAUUUAAAAAUGCUAAGAAAGCUGCUGUAAUAACUUCAGAUCCUUCUAUUGGAGCAGAAAAUGGAUGUCUUGAAAUGCCUUCCCACUUUACCCAAGCAGAGAAAGGAGGAAAGGGAGAUGUAAAAACCAAUAAAUGUGUUGGAAAGCAUGAAAAGGAAGCAGUGAUAUCAGUGACCGGUGAUCAUUUGGAAACAGCGGCCCACAAACCACAACGUAAGGGGCCAAGAAAGAAGCUAAAAGAAGAGGACAGCAGUGUUUCCAAACCAGAACAAGUAGAAUCUACUACUUCAGAUAGCCAGCUAAGACAGCAUGACCACAAUGCAUCACAACAAGUUUCUUUGCUAGUAUCGGCGGCAAAGACAGAAUCAGGAAUAGAGCAUAUCAUGCCAGAAAUGGAAAUGACAAAUAAGCCAAAAACAUGCAGGAAAAGGAAAAUACUGUCCAAACAAAGCUCAAAGAUCACUGAAACUCCAACCCCACCAAGUUCAAAACCAUCUCUUGGAGUGGAAUAUAGAUAUUCUGAAAUGGCUACCCCUUUCACACAUGUGGACCAGGUUCAGAAUAUUCUUGAUACUCCUAAAGGCUCCAAAGCGAGUAAUGGAAAUACUGGAUCAAACCAUCCAAUAUCCAAUGUCAGACAUUCCAGACAGCCCUCCAAAUCGAAUUCACAUAUCACAACUGACUUGAUGCAAGAUCAAGAAAUUUUAUCAGUUGCAUCACAUCUCACUAAUCAACCUACCAGUCCUGUAUCAACAACCGUGUCCUCAACUGCAGCACAAGGACAGAUUACUGAAUUAGUGAGUUCUCUUUGUACAGAUAAAAGGCCGCAUAAAAUAGGGAGGCCUCCGAAGAAGAAAAAGUCUCAGAGACCAAAAAGAAGAGGUAUUGAUAAGAUUAUCACAGAUGACGACAAAGUGUGUGUUAAAUUCUUAUCAGCAUUUGUAAAAGAGGAUCUAAUUGAGGAAGAGAAAAGUCUAGAAAAUAGGGGAAAAGAAAAGAACGGCAAAGGGAAGAAAGGCAAAAUUCUCCAAACAGACAAUGUGAAGGUGAAAGAUGGCAACGCAUUAGCAGAUGACAAAUUAGUUUUACAAGUCCCUAUAGAUGAUGCAGGGGACUCUAUAUCUAUUGCAAUAGACCCAAUCAGUGCUGUAAUUCCCAAACAUAAAAAAGGUGGUCGUAUUGCCAAGGGUAAAAGAGUGCAAAAAAUUGCUUCCACCCCCAACAUCCCUAGUGACCAGCAAUGCAUGAAUAUGUCCACAGAAGAAAUGUCUCUGUGUCUCAGCAAUAUAUCAGAAAAACACAGAAAACGAAAAGUUGACAGCAGCAGUGCUGAUUUUGUUAAUGCAGAUAUAAAUGUUCUAAAUCUUAAAGAUGAUCUUAGUGAUAGAUCUGAAAUACUGGACUCAUCCUUACUAGGGACUCAGAGGGUGAAAAACAAGGGUAAGAUCAAAUCCAAGACAAUUACAGAAGAACAGACAGUGGCCACAUCAGUGGUAAAAGAGAUGGUGUGGCUAGAUUUACAGACCACCAUAGCAGCACUGAAAAAGAAACGAGGUCGGCCAUUCAAGAAAAGUACCUUGAUGAGAAUGGCAAAACAGCGGUCAUGUGAACAGCAGACGUCAAACGUUAGCAGAAAACUUUCCGUGAACAAGACACAGAGCUGCAAAUCAAUGGGAACUUCUAAGGGAGGGAAAAUGCACAAAUUCAACCCAAUGUCAACAACUUCAAGAAGGCACACUAGAGCAUCCGUGGCAAUGAAGAAUGAAGACCUUGUUCUUAAACAACAGCAAGACGACAUAUGGGAGGUCACCGAUGUGUCCAGCAACAUUUUCUUCCCAAUUGUGACUAAUUCCCGCAGUAUUUCAGUGCAAGAAAUCGAAACUUCGGAAACUAUUUUCUCUGUUGAUGCAGGGGCGACACAAGGAAUCCAGCAAGUUGAGUCUACCCCAUUAACAACCCCUCUCACAAAAUUACCUCAUAAAGUGACUGGCGUGAAGAAGAGACGCAGGAGAAAUAAAACUGGAUGGGCUACAAAAGUGAAAUCCAAACGACCUCUCUCCAAAGUGAACUGCGGGGGUACGCUUGAGGUGUUUGUUCAGUCUUCCAUUGACAACACUGGACUCUCAUUCAACUCUAGCCUCUGUAAUUCGUUAACAGAAAAUGACACAUUGGAAAGUGUUGAACAAGAGAAAGAAUGUAGAGCACAUGUGAAAGCAGUAACGAACUACAAUCGAGUUUGUGUGGAGGAGAUCAACUGUGGCGAUCAACCCCUAACAGCUCGUGCUAAAUUGCAGCAUUCAAGUGUACUCCUACACAAUUUUAAGACAAGGAAACCUAUGUCAUGCCAUUUCUGCAGUCGCUCAUUCCGUCACAUAACCGCAUACACAAUUCACAAGCGCAUUCACACAGGUGAGAAGCCUUACAGUUGCCAGAAGUGCGGCAAGAGCUUUGCUCAUCUCUCCAAACUCAAAUCACACUCAAACAUCCACAAACAACAUGGGCCCAUUCAAUGCCCAUGUUGCAUCACUCAGUCUCCAAAUAAAGAUGACUUGAUUGAUCAUUUCAAGAUCCACAUGAAGGGUACCAAGAGGUUUAGUUUGAUUAAUAAAACAAGAAGAGACAAAGAAAUCCAGAUUCACCCUUACACUGAUUACAUAGAGUCCCCAGUCACUCUUAACGGCAGGAAAUUCCUUAGAUGCUCCACUUGUUUCAAAUAUUUUUUCAGUAAGGCCACAUUGAAGCUGCACCUACAAACACACAGUGGAGUGAGGCGUUUCACCUGCAAAGUCUGUGGCAAGAUGUUUAUCACGUUCUCAAGUUUCAAUGCACAUGAAAAAACACACUGGCCUGUUAAACCGUAUGCUUGCUCUGUGUGUGGAAAAGGCUUUGUUCUGCUUAGGGAGCUCAAAACCCACUCUCAUAUGCACUCAGGAGAGAUGCCUUUCUUCUGUAACCACUGUGGUCAGGCCUUUAGCGACUUCUCAUCCUUGCGCACACAUCAAGUCUCCAAAGUGUGUUUUGAGGCUAGAGAUGAAGGGGAUGGAAACAAGGUUGACAUUGAGGGGUUCCUGGUGGAGCAAAGGGCUGAUGGGCAGAUUAAUACCCCGAUGUACUUUAAAUGUCAGAUUUGCAAACAACUUAAUCGUCGCUGGUGUCAGUACAUUCUUCAUCUGCAAACGCACACUAAUAACAAGCCAAACCUUUGUGAGAUCUGUGGACAACGGUAUGAGGUUCCUGAAUUAUGUGUUCAUUGUAAAGUGUGCUGCAAGUCAAGUGGAGAGGAGAGGGCAUGCAAUUCAUCCUUGUCAGAGGUCUGGCAUGAACCCCAAUCUCUGCAAAAUCCAAUGCAUGUGACUGAAAUUGCUAAUCAGGAAAUGUUAUCUACUGAUGACCAACAUCCUAAAUGCAAGGAGCCUGAGCCCCUGCCACCUCUGGAAACUAUGGAGGAGUAUUCCUCAGAUGUGCUUCCACAAAACCCCAAACCUGCUUGCCAGAUCCCAGGUAAUGGGUUAGAGAUAAAUCGACCUUCUCCCUCAAACUCCAUGUGUGCAAGUUCUGCCAUAUUGUCCCCCUCUGUAAUGAGCUGUAAUUCAGUACGUGUGGUUCAACAGCCUUCAGGUUUUCACUCUCGUUUUCAGACCCAUGCUCCUUGUGACAGAUAUUCCCGUGGACAAUGUGGAAAAUCCUUUAACCGGUGGAAUAAGCUCUGGUUGCAUCAGGGACGACACAGAGAAAAACGCUGUAGCUUCUCAUGCACUCAGUGCAAUUUAGAGUUUCGCUUCUUAGGCUCCUAUAGGGAGCACAUGCAGGAACAUGCAGCGCAGAGACCCUAUGUUUGUCCGUUAUGUCCCAAAACCUAUAUCACGGAAGAAGACUUAAAUACCCAUCUGUGCGAAAAUCAUCAGCCAUGUGAAAGCCUGAAAUGUGACACGUGUGAAAAGGGUUUCACCAGUUUCAGAAAUUUGGAGAGACAUCGUCUGUUACACAGAGCUGCUAGCUCGCACUAUUGUCUCCCUUGCAAGCUCCCAUUUCCUAGUUACCUAGCCUUAAAGAAUCACUUGAAGGCUCACAAAGCCCGCCCUGUUAUCCCUCUCCCUGAAGGGCCAUUGGAACCACUUCGAUUUCCCUAUCACUGUAGAAAAUGUAAUGCCAGAUUUACAACCACAGACUUGCUCCAAGCCCAUCAGGUUUGCCAUCUUAUAGGGGGGAAGAAAACAUAUAGCAGUUCAGCAAAUGUAGUUUCUGCUUCCCUGACCUCCAAGCUCUCAAACAAACCAAGAGUGAGAGUCACCCCUCUAUCCCCUACGACACUACCUAGUCUUCUGUCAAAGAAAAGGAACAUGUAUAGGUAUCCUCACCCUGAUCGUCUCUAUGUCGUCCCUAAAAUAUCCUCACAGCCACCGGUCAUUGUUUCGGACACAGAAGAAGAGCCCCAAGAGAUUCUAAACUUUAGCUUAUCCUCAGUCCAGGACUCGCCCUGUAACACUGUGUCCCUUGAACAUGAAGGGCGAACCAGCCCUAGCAAUAAUUGUGAGGCAAACAACUCGGAUCUACCUCAGUGCUCAUGCCCCUCAUGUGUCCUUAUUUAUGAACCUACUCAAUGUAUGCCAAAAACAGACACCCCACACAUGCCGACUCAUGAACCACCAUGUCCCUUGGAUAAAGGUCAUCAGAAUGUACCACCUAAAAGAUGGAAAAAGUCUAAGGGUAAUGAUGAUGCUUUCUUUAGAGCCUCAACAACAUUUGUGAUAUCAAGGGGCAAAAAACAGCGGAUUGACUUUGAGUGUGCUGAUUGUUGGGUAAGAUUUAGUGACGUCUCAGAGCUACAUGAGCAUUACUUACAUCAUGCCAGGGGGGUGAAGUGAAAAUCAAUAUAUUUUUUUCCACUAAUGGACAUUUGCUUCAGAAAGUAUUCUGACCGAUUUUACUUUUUCCAAAUUUUGUUACGUUACAGCCUUAUUCUAAAAUGUAUUUUUGCA